GCGAGUGGGACGCACUCUGACGUGAGCGCUGCCGCUCCCGAGGCCGUCGCGCUGCCGCCGCUGCCUUCCGAGGCAGCAGCAGCUCGGCCCCUGUCCCUAGGCCCGGGCCGCCUCCAAGCCUCCAUCGCCCGCCAUGGACGACUACGCGGUCCUGUCGGACGCCGAGCUGACCGCUGUGCUGCGCCAAUACAACAUCCCACAUGGGCCUGUCGUGGGUUCCACUCGCAAGCUCUACGAAAAGAAAAUCUUCGAAUAUGAGACCCAGAGGCGGAGGCUCUCGCCCCUGAACUCGUCUGCAUCCUCUUUCUCCUAUCGGUUCUCCGACUUAGAUUCAGCAUCCGUGGACUCCGAUAUGUACGAUCUGCCGAAGAAAGAGGAUGCCUUACUUUACCAGAGCAAGGGCUAUAGUGAUGACUACUAUGAGGAGAGUUACUUGACCACCAGGACUUACGGGGAGCCUGAGCCUGUGGGCACAUCCAAGGGCUUCCGCCAGCCCUCAGCUUCACUCUCAGAUGCUGACACCUUUCACCACCAGGUACGCGAUGACAGUCUUUUCUCUUCUGAGGAGGAGAGCAAAGAUAGGGAACACCCCAUGUAUGGCCGGGACAGCACCUACCAGAGCAUCGCACACCACCGCCCAGUCUCCAACAUCUCCAGGAGCUCCCUGGGUCUAUCCUAUUAUCCUACGACCUCCUCCACCUCCCCUGUAUCCUCAUCUUCAUCUCCUCCGCCUUCGUGGCUCACCCGCCGUGCCAUCAGGCCAGAAAAGCAGGUCCCUGGGGCUGGUCUGGGCCAGGACCGCCAGGUCCCACUCUGGGGCCAGCUGCUCCUGUUCCUGGUGUUUGCUGCCUUCCUGCUCUUUGUUUAUUACUCCAUGCAGGCUGAGGAUGGCAACCCCUUCUGGACAGAGUCCUGAGGGUCUGGCUUCAUGGCUGCAGGGCCAGCUGCUCUUGGAAGUCCUGGCUGACUGCCUUAGCAGUGUUUGCUGGGGGAGGGGGUGGGGGCUUUUCUGUGUGUUCUAGCUUGGGUGCACUGGGCCUGACCUAGUGCAAUGCUUGCUCCCCCUGCCUUGUCCUGCCAGAGAGGCAGAAGGUCCAGGCCCUCUGUGUUGCCAUGGUGGGCCAGAGCAGGCCUUCCUCUGGAGCCUCCUGGCCCUGCUUGCUCUGACCCUUAGGGCCCAGGAGGUCAAGACCUUUCUCCUGGAAGAGAACUUGUUGGUUGUCAUUGCAUGCCUCCUGUUCAUUGUCACCUUGUUGGGGGGUAACCCAAGGCCACCCUGACUGUUUUCGUGGAUACACAAUAAAGACCAUUUAUUUUUAA